AUGCAACCGUUUGUUCCCCGAUGCAUCAGCGACAACCUCAAUCCGACGUGGGGGACGUCGAACGCGUUCACCCAUCGCUGGGAGGUGGAGCUGGUGUCGCCCCAGGUCGAGGACGAGGAGGAGGAGCCGCCCGUGGCGGAGUUUGUGCCCCUGACGUGGGACCGCAUGACGAGCGCAGAGCAGAUGGUGUCGAACAUGCAGUUCUUCAUCCAGGCCAAGUUCCUCGGCGGCAGGAAGUGCGAGGACGCGGGCGCAUCACCCAGCGCGGUGCAGCAAAAGGUCUGCAGGCACCUCGCGGAGCUGUCCGAGGGCGGCGUGGACGGGGCGGUGGUGCGGGAGGUGGCCGCGGGCACGGAGGACGAGGAGCUGAAGGCCAGCCUGGCGAAGGUCGAGGGCCAGAUCGGGGCGAGCGACGGCAGCCUCGCCGAGGUCGAGGCCGAGUCCUCCGGAGAGGGCCACCUCAUCCCCGGCCGCAUGGGCGCCAUCCACGCCGCCCGCCGCCGCCGCCGGCCACGCCCCUACCGCGGCGGCGGGCGCCACCAUGGAGGUGGAGGCUGGCGUCCUCACGGGCAUCGUGGAGGUGGAGGCGGAGGGUGGGGUGCGCUCAUCUUCGUCCUGCUCUUCAUCAUCCUGCUCCCCAUCGGCCUCUGA